AACUGGGCUAGAUCGAUCGUCCCAUCGUCAACAGUCGGUUGUGUGAGAGAGCGUGAGAGUGUGUGUGCGAGUGAAACGAUAUUUUGGCCUAAUUUUCCAGCUUCACUGUGAGAAACACAGGAUUUCUGCCCGAAAAGCGAGAGCCUGAACCCCGCCAGUUUUGUGUGUGCGUGAGUGUGUGAGACUGAACUGGAAACUACUGCCGAUUUUUGCGAAAUUUGAUCGCUGAAACCGACAAUAAAAAAACAUGGCUGUCUCAGCAAUGGAAGUGCUCUCUGAAGCGAAGCGUCAAUUCGCCCAAGGUGACCGUAUCGAUGUGACUCUUUUGGAUCAAGUCGUCGAGAUUAUGAAUCGAAUGAGCGGAAAAGAACAGGCCGAGGCUAACCAAAUCCUCAUGUCGCUCAAGGAAGAACGCGAUUCGUGGACCAAAGUCGAUGCGAUUCUUCAAUAUUCGCAGCUAAAUGAGUCCAAGUAUUUUGCACUUCAAAUCCUUGAGACUGUCAUCCAACACAAAUGGAAGUCGUUGCCACAAGUCCAACGUGAAGGAAUCAAGUCGUACAUCAUCACCAAAAUGUUCGAAUUGUCUUCUGAUCAGAGUGUCAUGGAACAAAGUCAACUGCUUCUUCACAAGUUGAACCUCGUUUUGGUUCAAAUUGUCAAACAAGAUUGGCCAAAGGCAUGGCCAACAUUCAUCACCGAUAUUGUUGAUUCAUCGAAGAACAACGAGACCGUUUGCAUCAACAAUAUGAAUAUUCUGAGCUUGUUGAGCGAAGAAGUAUUUGAUUUCGGAUCCCAAAACCUCACCCAAGCCAAGGAACAACAUCUGAAACAACAAUUCUGUGGACAGUUCCAAGAAGUAUUCACACUGUGUGUCAGCAUUCUCGAGAAAUGUCCAUCCAACUCUAUGGUUCAAGCUACCUUGAAGACUCUUCAACGAUUCCUCACCUGGAUUCCAGUUGGCUACGUUUUCGAGACAAACAUCACGGAAUUGCUGUCUGAAAACUUCCUUUCGCUUGAAGUGUAUCGUGUCAUCGCUCUUCAAUGUCUCACGGAAAUUUCACAAAUUCAAGUUGAAACCAACGAUCCCAGCUACGACGAAAAGCUUGUCAAAAUGUUCUGCUCUACAAUGCGCCACAUUAGCCAAGUUCUAUCUUUGGACCUCGACCUGGCUGCUGUCUACAAAGAUGCUUCCGAUCAGGAUCAGAAACUCAUCAGUAGUCUGGCUCAAUUUCUUGUCGCGUUCAUCAAAGAGCACGUUCAUCUGAUUGAAGUAACUGAUGAGCCAUUAACUGAGGCUAAAAUUUUAAUGCGAGAAUCUCACGACUAUGCUAUUCAACUUCUUUUGAAAAUCACUUUGAUCGAAGAAAUGGAGGUUUUCAAAGUUUGCCUCGAUUGUUGGUGCUGGUUGACUGCUGAGCUCUACCGUAUAUGUCCAUUCAUUCAGCCAAGUACUCUUUACGGAAUGAUGAGUCAGGUUCGUGAGCAUCCACGUCGUCAACUCUACCGUGAAUACCUCUCGCAACUUCGUUCAACAAUGAUUUCUCGAAUGGCAAAGCCAGAAGAGGUGUUGAUUGUGGAAAAUGAUCAAGGAGAAGUUGUUCGUGAAAUGGUCAAAGAUACUGAUUCGAUUGCUUUGUACCGUAACAUGCGUGAAACGCUUGUCUAUUUGACUCAUCUUGACAACAAGGACACUGAAGUGAAGAUGACUGAAAAGUUGGCAUCACAAGUGAACGGAGGAGAGUUUUCGUGGAAGAAUUUGAAUCGUUUGUGCUGGGCUGUUGGUUCGAUUUCUGGAACGAUGGUUGAAGAAGACGAAAAGCGAUUCCUUGUUCUUGUUAUUCGUGAUUUACUCGGGCUCUGUGAACAGAAACGUGGAAAGGACAAUAAGGCAGUGAUUGCGUCAAACAUCAUGUAUGUUGUCGGACAGUACCCGAGAUUCCUUCGAGCUCACUGGAAGUUCCUGAAGACGGUUAUCAAUAAGCUUUUCGAGUUCAUGCACGAGACUCAUGAAGGUGUACAGGACAUGGCUUGUGAUACAUUCAUCAAGAUUUCCAUAAAAUGUAAGAGGCAUUUCGUCAUCGUCCAACCAGCUGAGAAUAAGCCUUUCGUCGAAGAGAUGCUCGAAAAUUUGACUGGAAUCAUCUGCGAUCUUUCUCAUGCACAAGUUCACGUAUUCUACGAGGCUGUUGGACACAUCAUUUCUGCGCAGAUAGAUGGAAAUCUGCAAGAAGACCUGAUCAUGAAGCUUAUGGAUAUCCCAAAUCGCACAUGGAACGACAUCAUUGCAGCAGCAUCCACUAACGACAGUGUGCUCGAAGAGCCGGAGAUGGUCAAAUCUGUCCUGAAUAUACUAAAAACAAAUGUGGCCGCCUGCAAAUCCAUUGGAUCUUCGUUUGUAACCCAACUCGGAAAUAUCUACAGUGAUCUUCUAUCCCUCUACAAAAUUCUAUCCGAGAAGGUGUCCCGAGCAGUGACAACCGCCGGCGAAGAGGCUUUGAAGAAUCCAUUGGUAAAGACGAUGCGAGCUGUGAAGCGAGAGAUUCUCAUCCUUCUAUCGACAUUCAUUUCAAAGAACGGAGAUGCCAAGCUCAUUCUGGACAGUAUAGUUCCACCAUUGUUCGAUGCGGUUCUCUUCGAUUACCAGAAGAAUGUGCCACAGGCGAGAGAGCCGAAAGUGUUGUCUUUGCUCAGCAUUCUGGUCACACAACUUGGAUCUCUCCUCUGUCCACAAGUGCCGAGCAUCCUCAGUGCGGUUUUCCAAUGCAGCAUUGACAUGAUCAACAAGGAUAUGGAAGCGUUCCCCGAGCAUCGAACCAACUUCUUCGAGCUGGUGCUUUCUUUGGUUCAAGAGUGCUUCCCGGUUUUCAUGGAAAUGCCUCCAGAGGAUCUUGGAACAGUCAUCGACGCCGUCGUUUGGGCAUUCCAACACACAAUGCGCAAUGUUGCGGAAAUUGGUCUCGACAUUCUCAAAGAAUUACUGGCUCGUGUCUCGGAGCAGGAUGACAAGAUCGCUCAACCAUUCUACAAGCGUUACUACAUUGAUCUUCUGAAACACGUGUUAGCAGUUGCCUGUGACAGUUCUCAAGUUCAUGUAGCCGGUUUGACCUACUACGCCGAAGUGUUGUGCGCGUUAUUCCGUGCUCCAGAGUUUUCGAUCAAAGUUCCGCUGAACGAUGCGAAUCCUUCGCAGCCGAAUAUUGAUUACAUUUAUGAGCACAUCGGAGGAAACUUCCAAGCUCAUUUUGAUAAUAUGAACCAAGAUCAAAUUCGCAUUAUCAUCAAGGGAUUCUUCUCGUUCAACACUGAAAUCUCCAGUAUGCGCAAUCAUCUCCGCGACUUUUUGAUUCAAAUCAAGGAGCACAACGGAGAAGACACGUCGGAUUUGUAUCUUGAAGAGCGAGAAGCUGAGAUUCAACAAGCUCAACAGCGCAAACGAGAUGUUCCUGGAAUUCUGAAACCUGACGAGGUGGAAGAUGAGGAUAUGCGUUAAGUGGUGUGACCUGGUUUAUUUUCAAUCGAAAUCCUAAACUCGCCAACAUAUCACUAUACUUUUUUUCAAAUCUAGUUUAUCCACUUUUCCUGAAUUUUCACACUAUUUGUUUAUCUGAAUCACUCUAUCCAGAAGAUCAAUUUAUUUUGGUCCAAGACCUGCAUACGAUUGCUCUAUUUAUCUUCUGUUCGGACAAUGAUUCCAUUUUCUUCCCCAUCUCCGCGAUCCCGAUUAAAUAUCCCGUACCUUUUCCUUUCCCAAGGUUCUCUUUCCUCCCUAAUCUCAACGAGCUAGGUGCCCAGUUUUUUUUGGAAUCUGGUCUCUAUUUUCUAUUUUAUUUCUCUACCAGUUACUGUGUAGCUCCCCUCAACCGGAUCUCGGAACCCCUUUCUCUCCCACUACUUGAUAACUGGAAUCUUCUCUGGACCUACUUCCAUUCAUCAUUUAUCAUAAUUUCUGUAUUCAUCCGUGCGCCCCCUAUUUUUCUCUGUGAACCAUUUUGGCAAAUUUUCAAAUUUCUUCAAAAAUUUGAACAUGUUCAUUACUCUUAUUUUUUGUAAUUGCCGGACCCAAUUUUUUUGAAUCCUUCUGUCAAUUGUCACUCUUCCUCAAUUCAUCAUUCUUGUUGUUCAUUGAUUCAUUCAAUUAUUCUUUAUUAUUUUAUCAUACAUUUUUAUUUUACCCCCACCACCAGCAAAUACAGUUCUCUAUGUGAA